AUGGCGAACGAGUUUUUCCGGGCAUACGGUGGUGACGUGGCGAUCACGAUCUCACCGCGCGGCCAGAGCAUCAUGGAAGUUUUCAUGGACGGCGAGAAAAUCUUCGACAAGAAGGCCGAGGGCAUUUACCCCGACCUAGGUCGCGUCCGCAAGAUGAAGGAACUCAUCACUGCCAGGAUUGCGAGAGCCGAUAUGGCAAUCGCCGCCGACAACUAA